AUCAACCUUUGACCUUUCCCAACUUAUGAGGAGGCCUGUGGCGCUGGCCUGCCUUGAUUUCGGGGGCAGUUUGUGAAAAGUAGUCGCUUUUUACAAGAUUUAGCGGGUAAGUUGAGCUUAACGUUUUACGUCUCAAGUUGGAUCAGUAGGAGUACAGGAAAAGUUGCAGCAUUAGCUUCGAGAGGGCCACGCAAGAGGCAAAAAUGUUGUGCGCUGCAAGGUUUUUGCAAGGGGGAGGGGCGAGUCCCACCGUAAGGUGUGUUGUAUCAUGGACGUUAGGGGCACGGCAAAGAGACCUGGAACACCCCUUAGCCACAAGAAGCUGUGCUUCUCAGCAAGUAAGAUGGAAGACACGAGCUGUGAUCUUCGACAUGGGAGGGGUCAUCCUGCCGCAACCUCUCAAGGUCUUCCGAGCAUUUGAAGACUCCAAGCAGCUGCCUCCUGGGUCAUUGUUUGAUGUGAUCAGGAGAGGAGGGGACUCCGGGGCCUGGCAGCGGCUGGAGCGGGGGGAAAUCACCCAGACAGAGUUCAUUCAACCCUUCAGUGAAGAGUGUGAAAAAGUGUUAGGACAGAAGGUGUGUGUGGUGGACCUGAUGCCGUCGUUUGGACAGCACAUCACAGAGCCCAUCCCUGCCAUGCUGGAUGCUGUACAGUGUAUCAAAGCAGAGGGCAUCAAAACAGCUCUACUAACAAACAACUGGCUCAUCAACAGACAACGGUCUUUCCUCCCUGUAGACAGAAGGAUAUUUGAUGUGGUAGUAGAGUCAGCGGUAGAGAGAAUGAGGAAACCAGAGCUGAAGAUCUACAGCCACACUCUAGAGAGGUUAAAGGUUAAACCAGAGGAGGCUGUGUUCCUGGAUGACAUCGGCUCAAACCUCAAACCUGCUAAGGAGAUGGGCAUCACCACUAUCCAGGUGGAAAGUGUGGAGCAAGCUCUACAAGAACUUGAAGCCAUUUUGAAAUUUCCUUUGAAAGGCUAUGUUUCAGGGACAAGUAAAGUUAGGGAAGGUCUGGAGAUAGAUGUUGAUGCUUUAGUCACAUACAUGGACCAAACACUGGGGAUUACCUCUUCAGAUGGUGUGAAUAUCCGUCAGUUCUCUCACGGCCAGUCCAACCCUACCUACUACAUUGGUUACGGGGAUAAGAAGAUGGUGCUAAGGAAGAAACCACCAGGAAAGCUGUUGCCGUCAGCCCAUGCUGUAGAGAGAGAGUACAGAGUGAUGAAGGCAGUGAAGGAGGCUGGUGUGCCCAUACCGGAGCUGGUGGCUCUCUGUGAAGAUGACAGUGUGAUUGGCACACCAUUUUACUUGAUGGAGUAUGUGUCAGGAAGACUUUUGAAAGAUCCCAGCCUGCCAGGAAUGGAAGCUGAGGAAAGGAAGGAGAUCUAUUCUGCCAUGAAUGAAGUCCUGUCUAAGAUCCAUAGUGUGGACAUCAGGAAGGCUGGUCUGGAGGACUACGGCAAACAUGGCAACUACGUUCAGCGCCAGAUCUCGCGCUGGGGGAAACAGUACGAGGCCAGUAAGACACACGAGAUCCCCGCCAUGGACCGGCUGCUGACAUGGCUGCCUGUCCACGCACCGUCCACCGACAAAACUACUGUGGUACACGGAGAUUUCAGACUGGAUAACCUGAUUUUCCAUCCCACCAAGCCAAAGGUGUUGGCUGUGCUAGACUGGGAGCUGUCCACAUUGGGGGAUCCCAUAUCAGACCUGGCUUACAACUGUCUACAACAUCAUCUGCCCUCACAGUUCCCUAUACUUAAAGGUUUGGGAGGGAUGGAGCUUGGAUCACUUGGCAUCCCCAGUGAUAGACAGUACAUGGAGCAGUACUGUCAGAGGAUGGGGGAACCUCCCGUGGCUAACUGGGACUUCUACCAGGCAUUCAGUUUCUUCCGUGUGGCUGCUAUUCUACAGGGAGUGUACAAGAGAGCUACACAAGGCCAAGCCAGCUCCAAACAGGCCAUUUCAGUGGGCAUCAUGGCAAAGGAGGCAGCCGAGUUAGCCUGGAAGUUUGCCACGCGGGAGGGCUUCCGAGUCUUCAACACGCCGCAGGACAAUUCUGGUACACGGCACUACAGCUCUCUCAGUAACGUACAUGCCAGUAACAGAGGGACUGAUGGGAUAGGUAGUGAGUUGAGGCAUGCUGGUCAUGAGGGAACCCCAGCAGGACUUGUAGCUGUCACCCCUGAGAGUCUGCUCGAGGAUGUGAAGAACAUUCAUUACAAACUGAAAAAGUUCAUGGACAAACACAUCUACCCUAACGAGGAGACACUGGAGGCUCACCAGAACUCAGCAGAGAGGUGGAACCCACAUCCUCUUGUGGAGGAGCUGAAGGCAGAGGCAAAGGCCAGUGGGCUGUGGAACUUGUUCCUACCCAGGGAAGCUGACCCUGAGGUCAAGUUUGGGGCUGGUCUCACUAAUGUGGAGUAUGCACACCUGUGUGAGACCAUGGGGCGGUCCGUAUUUGCACCAGAGGUGUUUAACUGCUCUGCCCCUGAUACUGGGAACAUGGAGGUGCUAGUGAAGUAUGGGAGCCCUGAACAACAGAGGGAGUGGCUAGACAGACUGUUGGAUGGAAGUAUCCGGUCAUGCUUUGCCAUGACUGAACCAAAGGUUGCCUCCUCUGAUGCCACCAAUAUUCAGGCCUCUAUAGUGAGAGAAGGGGACACCUAUGUACUGAAUGGGCAUAAAUGGUGGACCUCAGGUGGUAUGGACCCCAGGUGUAAACUGUGUAUCUUCAUGGGGAAGACAGACCCAGCAGCAGACAGGCACAAGCAGCAGUCCAUGAUUUUAGUACCCAUGGACACACCGGGGGUCAAGGUCGUCAGGCCACUGUCUGUCUUUGGCUAUGACGACGCUCCGGGGGGUCAUGCAGAGGUCAUUUUUGAGAAUGUCAGAGUUCCAGCGAAGAACCUGCUCCUGGGGGAGGGGAGAGGGUUCGAGAUCGCCCAGGGACGUCUGGGGCCGGGACGCAUCCACCACUGCAUGCGUCUGAUUGGUUCAGCAGAGCGCUCUCUGGAACUGAUGAUCGACAGGGUACAAGAGCGGGUGGCAUUUGGAAAGCCUUUGGCGAAUCAGGGGACCAUCAUGGCAGACAUCGCGGAGUCUCGGAUAGAGAUCGACCAGGCGAGGCUCCUGACACUAAAGGCCGCUCACAUGAUGGAUACUGUGGGAAAUAAGGCUGCUGCACCAGAGAUAGCCAUGAUCAAGGUCGUUGCCCCCAGGAUGGCACAGAGAGUGAUUGACAGAUCCAUGCAGGCAUUUGGUGGGAUGGGACUGAGCGGAGACACCCCAUUGGCUAUGUUCUACUCUUGGGCGCGAAUUUUACGAUUGGCGGACGGUCCUGAUGAGGUCCACAGGCAGGCUAUUGCAAAGAUGGAAAUUCGCAAGAGAAGAAAAUGAAAUACAAGCUACUCACUUACUUAAGACUUAGAAAAACAAUGAACAAACACAACUAGACAUCACUCAGAAUGAAACUCAAAUAAAGCUAUUCCUGUCAAGACAGCAAUUUGGCUUACGAGUGGCUUUAGUGAACAUAUUGAUGUUCAUAUAUGACAUUUCCCUCUGGAAUGUCUUACAGUGUAUUUUGUUGUGCUGUAUAUCCAGGUAAAUGAUUUUGUGUCCUGUAGAAAUAUGUAGUUUACUUACCAUACUAUACCCCUGGCCAGAAUGCAGCCAGGUACAUACAUACAUGUACAUACAUGUACAGGGCUCGAAAUACUUUUUCCUGUCUACCAGCACUGGUGCAGGUAGCUUUUGAAGUUACCUGCACCAGAGAAAUUUUACCUGCACCAUUCAAAAAUAAUCAAAAAGUAGAUAAAACAACCCACACUUUAUACAGUCACAUAUUUACUACCUUCUUUUCUAACAAAAUAGGUAUACCUUUAUUUACGGAUUUUUUUUAUGAAAAAUCACCCUGGAAGCUGUUCAUUUGACAUCUUUAUUAUUUAUUGCAUCUCUUUUUUGCAGAAUGACAACCAGUACAACAAAGAAAAAUUUACUUUAUAAUAAUAAUAAUGCAUGGUGCAGGUAGACAUCUGAAAUACCUGCAUAGCAGAAAAAUCACCUGCACUAAUAACGUGCAUAUGCAGGUAGUAUUUCGAGCCCUGAUGUAUGUAGCCUGCUACACUGGCCAUGGGUACGAGCUGUUCAUGUAUACGUGCUCCAAGCAGAAGCCAUUGUCAAGAAAGUUUCACAAUCUAAUUUGUAAGAUUGAAAAUGUUGGAAGAACAGUUGAUAAAUUGAUUAAAAUCAUAACAAUGAUGUGAAACCAAAGUAAAAAGCUGCAAAUUGAAGAUAUUCACUUUUGACUAUGUUGGUGUAUCCAUGUCCUUGUUGGUGUAAGCCUAAGCAUAAUAACAAAAGGAGAUAUAAUGUAUACAAGUAUUCAAAAUAAUAUUUGAUUUCCAAUAUUUGAUUCCUAAUCUGAUUUAUUGUUUUUCACCAUCUGAUGAAUUAUGAUAAAUAAACAGCAAUCAAUGACAUUAACAUUACUUAUAUAAUGUCCUUACAGCAAUGUAAUAUACAUUUUGAUAUUGGGAUGAUGUGUGCUUUUUAAAGUAGUUUUGAAUUUGUGUCAUAUUGAUAUGAAUUUGCUUUGAAUUUGUCAAACACCAUUGUCCCAGCUAUUGCCAUCUAUAUAUCAAUGAUCAUGAAUAAAUUAUGUUGGUGAGAAAAAA